AUGUCAGCGGAAACGAGCGAAGCGGAGAUGACGUGGAUGUUUACGGACGAGUUCUCAGCCUCCGAUCUGGAGCGCAAGGAGUUUGUCUACAACCAGCUUGUUCAGGAUCGCCCUGGCUUCACGCGAGAGCAGUGGGAGCGCCUGAUAAAGCUGAUGACCGGGCUCGUCCUGGGGUACCUUUUCCAAAUAAAAAAGGAACCUCCAUGCGUCGGGAAUUCAUACUUCCACUACUUGGUCUGCCUCAACGCCUUCAAUAAGGCCAAACCGAAGGUGGAGUGGGCCUUUCGCGAGGAACAGCCCGAGACCCACGCCUCGCCUUUCAGCUUGGCGUACCUCAGCCACUGGUAUGACCAAACCUUCAAGGAUAAAUCUGCCGAGGAUGGUGAGCAGAGGGAGGAUAAGGCGCGAUUGUUCCCUACUGAUAUCCAACCGACGGACCUCGCUCCCCUCAUUCCUCUUUGGGAUCACAUCUUGGCGGGAGAGAAGCUCGAGGAAGGCGAAGAGCCCUUCCAGAUCGUCAUUCCCGCGUCUCGGGAUAUUGGCAAGGUCCUUGCCAGCAGCAAGAAGCUGGACAGCUUUCUUGCCGAGCUCUCCCAGGAGCUUUGCGGCGCAGACGCCAUGGUGUUCUGUCAGGUUGGGGAUAUCCUCCGACCUACGACGCUGUUUAUGCGCCUGUGCUUGGGAGUAGAUCCCUCCCCAGGUGUACAGUGGCGCUUCGCACGCGCCUGGGAUACACUCUGCCUUGCUGCCGAGAAGGCCGUCAAGGAGGACGUGAAUAUCCUAACUCUGGUAAAGGAGGUUUACGUGAGGACGCUCUCGAACCCCACCCAAUCCUCUUUUUUCGCGCGUCGGCGUUACAAGAACGCCCUGAAGGAGGCCAAGGAGGCCGACGAAGAAAACUGCGGGGAGAUUCUCGAGGCCGGUGAACAAUAUAAGCGCCAUCGUCUACUCUGCGCCGCCCACCACCACGAGAUGCUCCGCCUCACAAACGAGGUCUCGGAAAAGGUUCUGGAGGGGGAGGCCACCUUCGAAGAGAAGGCCAAGAAGCUGGUAGACUUCGUCGAGAAGGGUGACCCAGCCAUCCCCAUCAACCAGCCGUCAGCCCGCGCGCGUGUAGCCGAGUUACGCUCGGUUUCGCUGGCCAGAGACCUCGUUAGAGAGGCCAUCAAGCCGGAAUCCGCCCUGAGCUUGGCCCAGAGGAGCGAGAUGGUCAAGCAGUUCGUUUUUUAUGGGGACGAGCGCCUCCCGUAUCUUUUCGGUCGCCCUAGCCGCCUUGCCUUGGUGGAAACUGUCUGGCCUGCCCUUAUAAAGGCCGGGAGCCGCACCGCUAUGAGUAAGUGCAACGAGACUCUGGCGGAGAUUCGCGCCGAGGUAGAAAAGACGUUGGAGGCUCCGCUGGAGGAUGUAUCGGAAGGGGAGGAAGACCAACAUAUGUUGGAUACCUAG